UUUCAUAACAGGCAGUCAACAACAAAAGUUCAACAAGGGUAAUUUAGGUAAUUGAAAAAAAAAUGAAAAUACGAAAAGAAUAUCCGUUUUGGUUUUUCCCUUUUCUUCCAGUGUUUUCUUCUUCUUAAUCAUUGAAAGACAUUGACCCCCCCUCCAAAACGACGCCGCUCUAGCCUAUCGGAGGCCGCAUACUCGCCGUCAAUAAGCUUUGAUACUUUCUUGAUUGGAGCUCCGAUAUCCGCUUUUCACAAGAUAAUGGAGCAAAAAGCUUGGCUAAUUUUGGUGAUUUUUACAUGUUUAAUUGCAUCUUCUUGUGGGAGAGAAUUGAAGGUAGACCACAAGCAUAAACUCCCCGUCUACAAUCAUACGCUUGCCACCAUUUUAGUAGAAUACGCUUCCGCGGUGUACAUUUCAGAUUUGACGGAACUUUUUACUUGGACUUGUGAAAGAUGUAAUGGUUUGACUAAGGGAUUUGAAGUUAUUGAGCUUGUUGUUGAUAUUGAGAACUGUUUACAGGCAUUUGUCGGAGUGGCGAAGAAUCUUAAUGCCGUUGUUAUUGCCUUUAGAGGAACGCAGGAACACAGCAUACAGAAUUGGGUUGAAGACUUAUUCUGGAAACAGCUUGAUUUAAAUUACCCUGGCAUGCCUGAUGCUAUGGUGCACCAUGGAUUUUAUACUGCUUACCACAACACAACCAUACGCCACGGAGUUCUGCAUGCAGUUAAAGAAGCAAAAGAGUUCUAUGGGGACCUUGAUAUCAUGGUGACAGGUCAUUCAAUGGGAGGGGCUAUGGCUUCCUUUUGUGCACUUGAUCUAGUGGUUAAUCAUGAAGCUAAGAGUGUUCAAGUUAUAACAUUUGGACAGCCUCGGAUUGGGAAUGCUGCGUUUGCAUCUUUCUAUGCCAAACUCGUGCCAAAUACAAUUAGAGUGACAAAUGACCAUGAUAUCGUCCCUCAUCUGCCACCAUACUAUUAUUAUUUCCCUCAAAAGACAUACCAUCACUUUCCUAGAGAGGUGUGGCUGUAUUCCCUUGGACUGGGAAGUCUGGUUUAUAGAGUUGAGAAGGUCUGUGAUGGUUCCGGUGAAGAUCCAACCUGUAGUAGGUCGGUGACAGGUAACAGCAUCAUGGACCAUUUGAACUAUUAUGGUGUCGAUUUAAUGUGCCAAGAAUGGAGAUCAUGCAGAAUCGUGAUGGAUCCUCGUGUUGCGGAGUAUGGCAAAACGGAUCACAAAGGAAAUUUCAUUUUGUCCAGAGCACCAGCCAUGCGUGUUCGGUCGAAUGAAGGGGAAGUUAAAGCUAGUGCAUAAUUGAUCAAUUUAUGGUUUCACCCUUCCACGGUUUAUGGAUUUCUGACUGCUUCAGGUAACUACGUUUUCGUUCUGCCAUUGAAGCAAAUGUAAAAUGUCAUUGAAAAAGAUUACUAAUGUAGGUUUUCGUUAGGAAUGAAUUCAUGUAAAUAUCCUCCGAAAUGUGUACAUUUCUUAUUAUAUUUAUGGAUAUUAGGCUAAUGGCCAGUUCCUAA